AUGGUUUCCGGACCACGACGGGGCUCUUCUGGAAGGAAGAACCUCUGUAGACAAAUCUCGAGCGGGAGAUGCAGGUAUGGUGCUUCAUGCAAGUUCUCGCACGACGUCACCGGAGCAUCUGCUUCUCCAAGAGAACAGCGCGACCAAAAUCCCGACUCGAGAUCGUCGAGGUUCGCCGAUCCCGAUCUGUCGCGAUGGAGGACACUGCUCGACGCGAGCACACUAUACCGACUGGAUCUAGCGGAAAUGGAACAAUUCUUCGAACUAUGUGCUUCCUUGGUUGAUGAGACCCGGAAUAUCGCUACGACGCAGCAGGUUGUCACAUCUUUGGCCCGCGAUGAGGGGCUCAAGAUCGUCGGAUAUCUUAUCGACAAGUACACCUCUGUCUCUGUGACACGAUCCCUCAAAUCAAGCCGUUGGGAGAACCUCAUACGCCCAUUCUUUCAGACUCUCUGCAACCGUACAGUUGCGGACUCGGCAGUCUUGGAGCUUGCCAGAGAGAUGAUUCUCAGCUACACCGUGGGCCCCGGUGGUCGCCGCUUCGAAGCCCUCUACCGUUUCGUCACCAACUUUCUGCAGGAGGAGCUGGAGGCUGGCGUGGCAGCGGAAACAUGCCACAGUGAACUGGAACUCGCUACCUCAAUGCUAUUUCUUCUCGUUGACUGCAGCACAACCAACCUGGUAAACGACAAAUUCCCUCCCGUUGCCGCUCUCCUGGCCGAACUUUCCCAAAUUUGGGGUGAGGAAGGUGCCUCCUCUCUCAUCCAGGCUCGCAAGCAUAUCAGCUAUAUCCAGGCCCGUCUCGGCAUCGGCCAAGACAUUCCAUCUGUCGAAACCACCACUACAGGGGGCAAUGUCUCCCGCGCUCACUUCCGUCUUAUGCGCGAAGACACCAUCGGGCAAUUGCGCGAUGUGUGCGGUGAUCACCUCACUUCGAAUAUGGGCAAGGACAGAUCGAUAUCGAAGCUCCAGGCCAGUUCGCUGAGGACAUACUGUUAUCAAAAUACAAGGCUCGAGUCCCUCAAAUUCUACCAUAGGGAGGGCCUUCUGCUCCAGGUUAGCUUCCAACAGCCCGGAGGUAUUCCCGCCCAAGGCAAAGCCAGGAGGGAAUGGUGGGAGUCCUCCAGACGGCUCCAACACGAUGCCCUAGUCUGCGUAGUUAGCAGCUCUGGGGGAGUCGUCUUCUUCCAAAUUGUGGCGGACACUCGGUCUGAGCCAAGGGAAGAGCAUCAUGAAAAGGGUUCAGAAAAGAAUAAAACCCUUUGGUCUGAUGGCAGUCGGGCUUUUGCUCUCCUAAAGCCCCUGGAGGUUAGCCAGGACUUGCUCAGCUUUUCUGCUGCAUGGCUGAGGUUGUCUACAAGCCCAACACGGCACAACAUCCUAGAGUUCCCCGGCAUUCUCCUUCCCGCUUUUGAGCACACCUUGAAGGCUCUACAAAAAUUGAGCCGGGAAUUUCUGCCAUUUUCCUCCCUGCUUCUACCCAGGAACACUGGUGGACGUGAGGUGGAAAUUGAGCCUCCCCAGUAUGCCCGGAGGCCUGGCUUCCGCUUCAAUCUUAAAUGCUUGACCGAGAAUAACCAAGAUUUUUGGUACUCGCCCAACGACAUUCCCGACGCCCAGGCACUGGCGCGCGUGUCCAUGUUGGAUCCUACCCAAUCCCAGGCCCUCCUAAACUGCCUCCGACGGGAGCUCGCGCUGACCGAGGGGCCCCCAGGGACUGGGAAGAGCUUUACAGGAGCAAGCAUCAUUCGAGUUCUUGUAGAACACAAGAAGGUCGCGGACUUGGGGCCCAUCCUUUGUGUCACCUAUACCAACCAUGCACUAGACCAGGUCUUGGAGCACUUGCAUGAGGAUGGUGUGACCAACAUGAUACGAGUUGGCUCACGGUCGCAAUCUGAGACUCUACGUGAUAUCAACCUCAGCGUAAUCUCCAAGAGCUCCGACCGCACUAGGACUGAGCGUGGCAUGAUUGGGGCCUCUUACGGCGACAUGAAGACCAUCACUAGCCAGGCCGUGGCCCAUACAUCGAAGCUGGGCACGGCCGGGUCGGCUCAGAGCAUCAAGGAUUUCUUGGUGAGAAACUCGCCGGUUCAUCAUGAUGUAAUCUUUGGAAAAGCGAAUCAUGAGGAAGAGUGGACGACCGUCACGGCUAAGGCCCACAAUGCGUUGAGCCGCUGGCAAAAAGGCGGCUCGGGGUUGACCACUAACCGGCCGCUCGAAGAGAUCACGGCUAAGAUCCAACUGUCUUUUUUCCGAGAAAUUCAACGAGAUCAGGAGGUGUUCAUUUCUGCAAAACGUCAGCAAGACCGGGUCCAUCGGGACAUCGACGCUCGAUGUUUGCUCAAGGCCGAUGUCGUCGGUAUUACCACGAGUGGACUGGCCCGUAACAUGGACCUGUUCAAGAUGAUACGUCCCAAGGUACUCGUCUGCGAGGAGGCUGGUGAGGUUCUCGAAGCUCAUCUCCUCACGGCCUUCCUCCCCUCUAUCGAACACGCCAUCCUGUGCGGUGACCACCUUCAACUCCGUCCGCAGAUAAACAAUUACAACCUCCAAGGAACUCAUGAGCGAGGUAAGAAGUACUCAUUGGACGUGUCGCUGUUCGAGAGGCUGGUCAAGCCAUUCGAUGAAGAAGAUGGCCCAUUGCCUUUCACGGUUCUACAGACUCAGCGGAGAAUGCACCCCUCCAUUUCCGCUCUAGUAAGGAACACACUGUAUCCUGACCUUGAGGACCACGAGAGUGUUAGGUCCUACCCGGAGGUUGCUGGGUUUCGAAAGCGCUUAUUCUGGCUGGACCACAAAAACCCUGAAACAAAAAGAGAUUCAAACUCCGGCAUAGAGACAUCAUAUUCCAACCCUUUUGAAGCCGAUAUGAUUACUUCCAUGAAGUUGGCCGCUGUGUGUGACAUCGUAUUGAACGAGAGGGAUCAAGACAUGGUCGAAGAAGAGGGUGAAGAAGAAGUCCAAGUCCAAUCCCCCAGCAAGAUCAUGGCCAAGGCCAAUCUUCUUCAGAGCGUUCGGGUUGCUACCAUCGACAACUUCCAAGGAGAGGAAGCCAAAGUUGUCCUCAUAUCCUUGGUGCGUAGCAACGAGGAGCAUAAGGUUGGGUUCCUCAAGACGCCGAAUCGCAUCAACGUCCUUCUGUCCAGAGCCAGGCAUGGAAUGUUCAUUGUCGGCGAUGCCCAGACGGCAGCUACUGUCCCAAUGUGGGAUAAAGUGAUAGGAAUCCUUCGAAAGGAGGGAAACAUUGGUUCGAAUCUACCGCUUCAAUGCCCCAGGCAUUCUGAAACAGACAUUCUCGUCUCGACACAGGAUCAUUUCCUCCAAUUCUCUCCCGACGGCGGUUGCAUCUUGCCUUGCCAGAAGCGUCUUGAUUGCGGCCACGCUUGCCCGGGGAGAUGCCAUUCAGAUAUGAUACACCGAUCAGCCAAAUGUCUGGAGCCCUGCCAGACACUUUGGCCCGAAUGCGGACAUGGAUGCCCACUGCCCUGUUGGCAGAAUUGUGGCCAAAAAUGCACGACGUUGAUCGAUGGACGAGACGUCAACCUGGACUGCGGCCACACAAUCAAUCAAUGCGAGUGCUGGCAAGCCCAGGACCCCAGUCUCAUUGAAUGUCGAGCCAAGGUCAAGAAAAUAGUCCCGGGAUGUCGCCACGAGGUUGACGUAGAUUGUUGCGUCGAUUUGAACGCCAAGAAAUGGAGAUGUCGAGCAGUCUGUGGCGGACUACUUCUCUGCGGCCACGCAUGCAAGAAACCCUGUUUUGAAUGCAAUUCGGAAAACAGCGAGUCGGGCCAGGAGAACAGGCAUGGGACUUGCACCCAAGUUUGCGGUCGAAAGUAUACAACAUGCCGUCAUGCCUGCCGCAAGCCCUGUCACGACGGGACAGACUGUGACCCUUGCGAUCUCCCCUGCGAGGUUCAUUGCAGCCAUUCGACGUGCCCUAGGCUAUGCCAUGAGCCCUGCCCCCCCUGCGCGGAGUCAAGCUGCGCAUCCAAAUGCCCACAUGGGGCAUGUACAAUGCCAUGUGCUGCUCCUUGCGACUGGGUUCCAUGUUCAAAGCGAUGUGAGGAAUUAUUGGCCUGCGGACAUAAAUGUCCCUCAUACUGCGGAGAGCGAUGCCCAGAUUCGAAAUACUGUCAGCUCUGCUCGGGCGACGACGUCAAGGGUGCCAUCGUCGACAUGAUUUCCAUAGAGCCAUAUGAGUCUAUCAACCUCGAUGAGAUGCCGUGUAUUUUCCUCGAGUGCGGCCAUUUCUUCACGGGUGAGACGCUCGACGGACAGAUGGGUAUGUCUGAAUACUUCGUCACGACGCCAGAUGGUAUACCUUCGAGUAUCAAAUCACCGUCCUUGCCAUUCUCCACUUCCGAGGUCAAAGUCUGUCCGAACUGUCGCGGGAUGCUCCGUAACAUCGCACGGUACGGCCGGAUAGUCCGCCGAGCGAUAUUGGAUGAGACAACCAAGAAAUUCAUCUCGUGGUCCACGCGCCGGUAUGCGGAGCUGGGCCAGGAUUACAUCCGGGAACAGGACAAGCUGGCGGCGGGAAGUGCAUCCUGGAGUGUCCCAUAUCAGAGCACCAAAGCCAUCAGCCUACGCGGCUCGCGCGAUCAACAGAUUAAUUCCGUACGCAAGUACACGGCCGGGAUGGGCAAGCUGAAAAACAUGCUGCGCAUCAGGCGAGAGAUGCACGGGCAUCUUUCCAAGGUUGCUCAGGAGGAGCAACCGUUUCAACGGGUUGCUGACAUGGUGGAACUCGCUCGGAGACGGGACAACAGCUCGGCGCAAGGGUCAUUUGUGUUUGACGAAUCUAUCAUCCAGAUGAAGGGCUACAUGCAGACGCUUUCACUACUUCAGAGAUGCGACAUAACGAUACUGCAAGAGUUUGCAGAGUUUGCAAUCCAGUGCAAGAGCCAGGGGAUGAAGAUUGACUUUGAUUUUGCGGACAACAGAGACGACGCACUUUCUCUGAAGAGCAUGGCUACAAAGUCCCGACGCAGGCACCUGGCAGCCGAGGCAUGCAUCUACCACGCGCAGAUGUGUUCCCUGGAACGACGCUUGCUGGAUGUGCAAGGGCAUGCCCAGGGCGGUGACGACGAUGAGAAACGGCACGAGUCCCUGCGAGCUGAUGGCCAGGCUUCUCUCGAGGAGGCCAGGGAAAUGGUACUGGGAAAUGCAUCUCUGCAGCCGCUGCUGGCCGAAGUAGACGCGACAGAGAAGAUGCUCCGGGACGCCACGUUUUACGCGCCUGUCUCACAGAAAGAAAAGCUGGACGUCUUUCGGGCCAUGCAACGCGAGUUCAGCGGAACAGGGCACUGGUACACGUGUGCCAACGGUCAUUAUUUUACCAUUGGCGAAUGUGGUGGUGCCAUGGAAGAGCGGAUGUGCCCAGACUGUGGCGCGCCCAUGGGAGGGCAGCAUCAUACCAACGCCCAGGGUGUUAGACGCGCAACAGACAUGGACGAUCUAGCUACACAGGUCAGAGGUAUGGGAUUCGGUGGGGACUGA